CUUUCUCAGUUACCUAACCUCAAUUUUAAAAUGAACUUGACAAUUUAAAUCUAGUUUUGACAUGAAAAUCAAUACAUUUACGAAUCAUGUUCUUUCGACACUUUGUGAUAUCUUCCAAAAAAUUAUUAACCAAAGAUUUUAGUAAAUUAAGCAGUGUAAAGCAAUAUCCAGACGCUUUUGCUAAAGAUGGGGACACAGGAUAUUCCAGAACUUCUUCAGGGACAAUUUUACCGAAAGAUAAUAAGGUAUUUGAAGCUAUGGGAGCAGCUGAAGAGUUACUUAGUUUCUUAGGAUUAGCAAGAGAAUAUGCUUUAGAAAGUGAACAUGAAUACUGUGAUAAACUAAAACGAGCCCAAACUGUUAUAAUUGAUAUUUCUGAGGCAAUAUCCAAACAAUCGGGUGAAAGUUCUGUUAAAUGUACUCAUGUUAAAGAAUUGGAAGAUUGGAUUAAUCAAUAUUCUAAAGAAUUACCUGUUCAAGAAAAAUAUAUUAUACCUGGUAGUGGUUUAGCUUCAGCAACUCUACAUGUUUCUCGGUCAAUUUGUAGACGUGUUGAACGAGCGAUUGUACCUCUUGUAAGAAAUGGACAUCUUUGUUCUUCAUGCCAAAUUUAUGUGAAUCGAUUAGCGGACUUCUUAUUAACUGCAUCACGUUUAGCUGCUAAAAUGGAUAAACAUAAUGAGACCAUAUAUGUUCCUUCUACUGAUACAAAAAAUAGUCAAUAGAUUUUGUUUAAGUGUAAAUAGUACUGUUUAAUAUAAUUAUAAUAAAUAAAAACUAAAGAAACA